AGCCAAUGUAGCUGGAUGACCGAUAAUUCGACAACCUCACCUCCAUAGUUGACAUUUCAGACAAACACACUGUUGUAAACAAAGACCAACCAUGGAGAGACCAAUCAGCACGACACCUAUCCUCGACCAAGCGCUCACAUGCGUGCAGUCAUACAAAGCUCUCGCGGCAACUGCCCAAGAGCUCGCCAGCCCGGAGCUGCAACGCAGCAUCGAAGAGGGGCUCGCGCAGUUCCUGACCCACAUGCCCGAGUUCAACAUCUUAAUCAACCCCGUCGACCCCCCGCACGCGUCGUGGGACUACCUCCUGCGCAACGACGCCAGCCAACGCGGGGAGAUGACCAUGCUCCUCAUGGAGCUGCAGUGCGAGAUCGACCAGAUGGCCUUCGCGAUUCGCCAAGCGAUGCAGCAGCAGCCCGAACCCGAGCCCCUGAGCAACAACAGCCGCCUCGUGGACGCGUGGAUGGAGAACCUGCGCAGCGUGGAGAACCACACGGUGUGGCGCCUGGCCUUCUGGCGGCGCGACCACGCGGUGCACACGAGCUACCCCACCACCAACCCGCUGGUCAGCCAGUCCUUCUACUUCGCGAUCCGCAACGAGCUGGGCCUCGACGUCUCCACGCAGUUCCGCGAGUGCAUCCGCCGGGCCAUGACCCAGGAAUGCCCGACCAUCCCCGCGCGGCCGGCCCUCCUCCGCCGACUGGUCGAUCUAGUCGUCCAGCGCCGACGGUUCUGGAACUUCCAGCGCCGCAUCCGCGGGCUCAGCAAGGACGCCGUGCUCUGGGGGCGGGACGCGUCGGCACCGCCACCUUUUGCCCCCGGGGACGAGCGCUUCACCUGCCCGUUUUGCUUCUUCGACCUCCCCGUCGCGCCCUACCGGAGCCCGCGCGCGUGGACGGACCACGUGAUGAGCGACCUGGAGGGCUAUGUCUGCCUGUACGAGACCUGCUCCUCCACCCGCUCCUGGCCCGAGGCCUGCCCGCACGCCUGCACCUCCUUCGGCGCCUGGUUCGCCGCCAUGGCCGGCAGCUUCGCCGAGGGCGUCGAGUGGUGCAGCCACGCCUUUGCCUGUGACGGCCGCCGGCUGGAGGAGGUCCACCGCCGGCGCUGUGCCGCGCCCGCCGUCCGGUUGGACACUGUCUGUCCGCUGUGUGGAAGGGAGCCGGUCGUCGAGGAGACGCAGCUGCGUGUAGCGGGUCCGGCGGACCUUCCGCUGGAUGAUGGCCAGGACCGCGCCAAGGCCAGGCUGUUGCUGUCGCAUAUCGCCGGCCAUCUGGAGGUGGUCGCGCCGAUGGCGUUUACCUGGAAUACCGACCGGAAUGCCCUCGAUCCGGAUCGGCGGCUGUUUUGGGGGCGCAUUGGGUCGCCCGGGGGUGCUGGAGGGUCGGCGUGA